UCGUUUCAGCAUUUGAUGUUAUAGCGCAAAUCAGCCCUAUUAAUCAUUGCAACUGCGUCAACGAGGUUUCGGAAAUUUUUGUUUGAGUGCAAAAUAUUCGUCAACGCUGCUGAAGUGCUUGCGCUUCCUGCUUUGUGCGUCUUCGUUUCCAACUUUUUCGAAAUUAUGAUGAUCCUUGUAAGAAGAACGAUGAAAGUUUACCAUCCCGGUAAAGGAACCGAAGUUGCUUUCUUGUUUCUGAAGGGCUGUGGCUUAGCAUCUUAAUAUCACAGUUAAUAAGGAUUCUAUAUUAAUGUAGAAAUUAAAAAAGUAAUCUGAAAGAAUCAAUACCUUAUAGGAGCUGUUGACUUGUAAAGAAUGUGAUAAAGUGUUUACAACAAAAGAAGCAUUAGAAGCUCACAGACAACGCCACCCUACAAACGACGUCAUAAAAAAGCAUCGCUGCAAUUUCUGUUCCUACUCGACAAAAUAUUCAAGCCAUCUUCGGAAACAUAUUUUCACCCACACCGGAGAAAGGCCAUACAAAUGCAACGAGUGUCCAGCUGGUUUUACACAAAAUUCACUUCUGCGAAAGCACAUGCUGAAACAUGCAAUCAAGCAAGUAGUCCAUAAAUGCGAUCGUUGCUUCGAGAGUUUCGAUGACAAAAGGGCUCUAGAAAGGCAUACGAAGAUACACAAGAAAGAAGCUAAGAAAUACCGAUGCUUCUACUGCAGCAAAAAAUUUUCUAAAUCAUCAUCUUUGCUGAAGCAUGAGAAGAAACAUAACCAAGAGGAUUCCUCGGAGUCAGAAAAGGAAGAAAUUAUUUUUAAAAGCAAAACUAAUUCCAAGCCUGCCAUUGCAAACUCAAAAGUCUCAGUAGCUGCAUCUCCAGACAAGUCUAUAGCUUCUGCAAAAGAGAACCCCGCUGAGUUGAAAGAGGAUUCAGCGCAUUGGAAGAAACACAACCAAGACGAUUCCUCGGCAUCAGGAAAAGUGGAAAUUAUUUCUAAAAGUAAAACUAAAUCAAAGAAUUCCACUGCAAACUCAAAAGUAACAGUAGCUGCAUCUCUAGACAAGCCUAUAGCUUUUGUAAAAGAAAACUCCGUUGAACUGAAAGAGGAUUCACCAAUCUCUCCAGCACACUGGAAGAAACCCGACCAAGACGAUUCCUCAACAUCAGAAAAGGAAGAAAUUAUUCUCAUAAGCAAAACUAAAUCCAAACCUGCCAUUUUAAACUCAAAAGUCUCGACUGUAUCUUUAGCUUCUAUAAAAGAAAAUUCCGUUGAAUUGAAAGAGGAUUCACCAGUCAUUGUUAUAAACAGCCCGGAACAGCUUGAAGAAAAUCUCUUUGCACCUCAACAAGAGCUACCUCUUAGUUUUAUAGAAGUUCCUUCAGUGUCUUCUAUGGAAAAAUCCUACAUGCUUGAAGACACCAAGGAAUUCGAUUUAUCCAAAACUUCCCCACAGACUUACAAGGAGAAAUCUCCUACACCACCAAACAUAGAACAGUCUUCUACGCAUUGGAAGAAGAAAAAAAUGUCUUCCCAAAAUGUUUGGUCACCUGCGCGAGAAGCUAUAGAAAGUAAAUCAUUUAGUUUCCUCGGGAAAAAAAUUUAUGAUAGGAACCAAACCGUUUCGUCUGAGUUAGCACUAAAUUUGUCAAAAAAACCAGGCGGUGAUGGAAAUUAUUAACACUGAUAGAGAAACUUGUACAGCAUUAUAAUUGGCUUUCAACUCAAUUUUGAUUUUAUUUUAAUCGUUAACAAGCUAAAUUAUCACUGAUUUAAUCUUUGUGUUUUGUAGUUUUCCAUCAUUUUAUUUUAUAAUAUUUUAUUAUUUUAUAUUAUUUUAUUUCGAAAGGUGCAUUUAUUAUUUUUAAAAAGGUAUAAAGAGAUGUUGAUUUUUAGUAUUUUAUCGCAAUUGUUAUGCUGCGAUAAAAAACUGGUAGUGUUGAAAAGUAAAGUUCCAAAGAGUUCUUAACUUGAUAGAGAAACUUGUACAGCAUCAUAAUCGUUUUUUAACACAAUUUUGAUUUCAUUUGUAUUAUUAACAAACUGAAACACCACUGAUUAAAUCUUUGUGUUUUGUA